AUCUGAGGUCAAUCUAUGUCAUGCCUAAUUUACCGACCAAAACAAAGAAAAAAAUUCCUUAGGUGAAACAUACAGAAAAUGACGUAUAUUUCGUCUGACAGUUCUUUGAACCAAUCAGUGCUCUGACCUUUAUGAUUACUGCAUGCGGUGAGUCCCUUUGAUGUGACAGAUGAUUAAACUUAAAAUAAAUUCCAAUGCAAACAGGGAGGAUAGAAAUCAGACAGAUCAAUUUAAAUUGAGUAUAUGGACUUGGAGCAACUUGUUUUUAAAAAAUGAAAUAAAUUUGAAAGCGACAUCAAAGCAGAAGUUUAAAGGAAAUGAAGAGUUAUUAUGGGCCCUGGAGUGUAUAGAGGAGACUUCACUAAGGACAGGUCUUUCCCCAGACCAUAUCAAAACCCUCAUAGAUGUUGCUGCAUCUGGUAUUCAAGUAGAGACAGUGUGUAAGAGGCUUAUUAAAGCACUGAUACCUAACUCUGUGGUCCCUGAAAAGGCAGCCAUUAGUGUCAUCUCCUGGUUGUGUACACGAAAGCCUUCAAUCAAUAUACAGUGUCUACUGUUAAGAUGGCUGCUUGUGAUCUUUGAGUAUAUAGAUACGAGGGAUAAUCUACAUGCCAUGUAUGGUGUUUUGUUCCAUUUCUUACAUUAUAGAAUACUAACACCAUAUAUCUGCCACUUACUGUACCUGUUGACAAGGAAGGAAGAUGUUAAACUGUUCAGAGUUAGGUUCCUUAUACAAUAUCAAAAGGAUAUGGGACCUCAAGCAUUUCUGACUGGCCUCUUGUCAAUAUAUCGACACUAUUAUCCCAGCUUGGUGCAUGUUGUUAACACACGUUCUUACAAGUCAUUUUUCCCAUCAUAUGACAGAAAAUGGAGUGCAACAGUACGCCAAGUUCGGGAACAAAAUGGACUGCCUCCAAACGUGGAUGUCAGCUGGGAGAAAGCUUUGCUAGAGAGACUGCAUCCAACAGGGCAAGCUUUAGAUCUAAUGCCUUCAAGAAAAAGAAGGAAAGUUGACCCUAUACCAGUCAUACAUUCCCUGACAUCUAAGACAAGCUACAAGAAAGAUACACUAGCUCAUUCACUAGGGAUACGUACUGUACCAUUUAUACUGAUACACUCAUUUAAAGAUGUCCUUGAUAACCUUGAUUCUAUAGAGUUUCCUAGUCAAAUUGGUGCCGUAUUGAGGUCAGACACAUUAAAGCAUGUGAUGUCAUAUACGAAGGACCACAUAGCUGAGGCAAGGUUUCAGUUCUGGGUUGCUGAAACUUUGCAAGAAGAAUUGGUUGAUACAUUAAAACAGAAGAACAAGGAAAGAGUGACAACUCUGCUACAACUAUUAAAAUCAUUCUCAGACUUUCUACAGGAGGGUAUCCCAGCUGUAGAUAUUGUGAUGUCAGAAUACCUUCAGUCAUGGAGUGGUCAACAUUAUACAAAAUUCAUUCUAAAACUUGUCUCAAGAUUUCGUCUCUACUCUUUCUCAUCAAUGAAUAGAGCAGUACUAGAACCACUGAGAAAACUCUUCUUUACAUCAUCUAUCUAUUUUAAGUGUAAAGUGAUCAUGUGUUUAACAGAGUUAUUAAGGAAUCAUGCAGCUAAUGAAUGGCCGCGAAGUCUUGAAGUUAGUGAUACAGAUUCCUCGUUAUGUCUAUUUAGCUAUGAUGGUGAAGAAUUUUCAAGUGUAGAUACAAUAAAGAACUUUAUACAUUUUGUGAGCAAGAUGAUACUUGCUGCCUGUGUGUCAGAGACUCAAACCGCAUUGUUUGAACUUUGUGCACUCGAUUUUCUGGAACUGGCAUCAAAUUUACAUAAGGAGUAUCAGGUACCAUUUGUAGUAUUGGUAGAGCCUAGAUUGUUUGAGAGAUUACUGAUUAGUCACCAUCCAUUGACGGUAUCUAGAGUGUGUCAUGUCAUCUGCAGGUACAAGGAGAAUUUUAACAUGCUGAAAGCCGGGCACAAGUCGGGAGGGGUGGAAGUUAUACAUGGUAAAGAAGAGAGCCGAAUGAUUCGCGUGUGUAACCAGUUAAUUGUUGAUUUCUGUAAUACACUGUGGAGAUACAAGGCGUUUACUUCUACAGAUAAGAAUUCCAUAUUUUGCUGGAAUCGUGAUGAUGUAGACAAGGAGAAUGUAGAUACAGAAUGUAGUGUAGAGGAAAGUCUCUCAUUGUUUAUGCACCCUGCACUGUUACCCUACACCAUCAAAUAUGUACAAAAGACACAUUUGGAGCCUAAAUUGAAUUUUGCAGACUUAAAGAAUAUGAAAAGAGAUUACCUUAAUCACCUAGAUCGCAACCAUUUCACUGGUCUUUCACAGUUCAUUGCUGCAUUUAUACGUAGCAAGUCAGCGUCCCUGACCAACACACAGGUGAUGGGAAUAACUCAGACAAUGUCUCAAACGUUACAAACGCCCUCCAAACACGAGAGAUCAGCUUUUGGAUUUUGAUGACUGUCGUGUUAAUUGAUGAAGAAAUAGUCUGUGAAGGCUGGUUAUAAUAAUGACAAACUUAAGUGAUAUUGUAGCACUUGUGUUGAUGCAUUCUGACUUACCUUGAAGUAUAUCUUGCUGCUCAAAAUGCUGUAUCCUUUAUCAAGCUUACAGAACCUGCAUUUAACAAUGGACACUUUUCAAAGCAGGGCAAAUCCAUGGCACAAAGUCAGUGGUGAAAGAUUUCAGGCAACAGACAUGAAACAUGUUGCAGACAUGUAAAGAUUGAUUAAUCAAAUGCUCAUAAAUUUGGAGUAUUGUGAUUGUUGUGGUGAGAAGAAGAAAAAAAACUGAAAAAAAGAUAAUCAUUGAUAUAUAGGAUUAAUAA